AUGCUAUCAAGGCAGGAUGGUGGAUGGCUGAACUUCAAAGUCAAGCCAUACAUACCAUCACCUUUGAGAUGUUACCACUGCCAGAUGUUUGGUCAUUUGAUCCAGAAAUGUAGAAAGAAAAUGAAUGAAGAACCUGCUUUAUGUUGUAAUUGUGGCAAAGAAGCACAUGGACCAUGCAAUGAACCACCAUCUUGUAUUAAUUGUGGAGAAAACCAUCCUGCAUCCUCAAAAAGUUGCAUGAAAUUUAUUUUAGAGAAGGAGGUGCAAACAGUUAAAGUUAUAGAAAAGAUUUCGUUUAAAGACGCUAGAAAAAAAGUACUAGAACUUCAAAUAAGACCGGGAAUUACAUUUUCACCAGUAAUUAAGAAGUCACAGUCCAGUGUACAAGUCCCAGCUACUCAUGCAAUGCAACAGCAACCAUCCGCAGCAGUCACAAAGCCAAACCAGGAUGAGACAACGCCACAUGGAGAGGAGCAUGUUGAUGAUAAACCUAAAGCGGGAUGUUCUUUAAAUAAUGAAAAUAGUACAUCACUCCAACAACCAAAACCACAGGUUCUUAAACCACGUACAGCAGAGAUACCUAAAAGAAUACAGUUGACGUCAUCCAAUGGAACUCGGGCCAAUUCAGAUCACAGGAAAAGAGAGAGAACAUCAGGAAAAAGAAAAGAUAAAAGUGAAAAUGAAAGUAAUAAGCUUUCCGCUCAGAAAUCCAUUGUUAUCCAGAGCAAUAUCCCUAGGUUAAAACGUGUAAAAGAUAAUAAUUAA